ACACUGACCCUAAUCCUUUUCCCACAAAGCUCAAAAUUUUCACCGAUAGCGAUUUGCGAAUACUUCAUCUCCACUCCAACUAUCAACUUCACAUUUACAGGAUUUGCAGAUGGAUCGUAAACUCGCUAAGGAGCUUUACUCUGAAGCUUUGGAUGUCUCAAAAGUAAAAUUGAAUCCUUUGUCAAAUUCCAACGGUUUCAAUGAUUGUGAUUGUGUGGAUGAAGAUGGAUCUUUUUCAUUUUGGGGUGGUUCUGACGAGGAUUUGGAUAAAGCUUCUGAUUUGGAUAGAGAGUGGCAAAGGAGGCAUGACCAAUUUCAUACGAUUGGUUACCGUGAUGGCGUUCUAGCAGGGAAAGAAGCCUCUUCACAAGAAGGAUUUAAUAUCGGUUUUAAGGAAUCUGUGCCCAUUGGUUACAACUGGGGUCUUGUUCGAGGGGCCACAAGUGUGUGGGCUUGCCUUCCGGAUAAAUUGAAAGAGAGGCUGUUUGAAACCCUGGAGAUGAGAAACAAGUUCCUGGAUUUGAACAAAUCUGUCCGUUCUCUUUCGACAGCAGAUGCUCUUAAGCUGCUUCAUGAUGAUAUUAAGAAGAAAAAAGAAAUUCAACAGAGUGAAGGAGCUGUGGCCAGCUCCACUUCUGGUUUACCAGAGCAAACUUCAAACUGCAGCCAUUUGGAAAAUUAUGUUGCAAAGUUUCAGUCACUUCUUCUUGAAUCUCCAGAGCUGAAAGUAUGAUUAUUAACAGACUGAUGCUUGGUGUGCAAACAUGAGUGCGUGACUAGAUAAGGGUUGUCGUGGAAAAUGACUAUGUACUGAAGAUUGACUGCUCACUCUUUGCUGCCCUUAUCCGUAGGACUUUUCUGUAACAAAUAACAGUUAUUCAGUUUGGGUCCAUUAUUUUUCUGCUGGUAAUUCAUUUAUAAGUACUCUUUGAAAAUAUUUAUUGAGAUCCCUACCAUUUUCAGCUUCUUUUAAAGGCGUGUUAUCAGGGUUGGAGCUUACGAUAUAGGUAAGCAAAGAAAUGUACGUUUUUGUAACUUUACCACACAUUUUGGUAAUUAAUUUAUCUAAAUAUGGUUGUGGGAAAA